UGAUCUACACACACGGAUAUAAAUUCCCAUUUCUCAAUUUCAUAUAUGUUCCGUCACCAAUCACCAUUCUUGAAUCUUCUAAAAUUCAAAUCAUUACUACCAAAAUGGCGCAAGAGAAUGGUUCAAAUCAUAGGUACCUAGCAACAUUCCUCAUUAGCUUGGUAAGUUUAAUCUCGAAUGGCUAUGCUUGGGUUGGUGUGAACUGGGGAACAAUGGCAACCCACCAACUUCCACCUAAGAAAGUUGUUAAGAUGCUUAUGGAAAACGGGUUUCGAAAAUUGAAGCUAUUUGAUGCAGAUGAUAGCAUUAUGGUAGCUCUAAUGGGUACUGAUAUUGAAGUCAUGCUUGCAAUACCAAAUGUUAUGUUGCAUAAGAUUAGUAACACUCCUAAAGCUGCAGAUUCUUGGGUUUACGAAAAUGUUACCUGUUACUUGUUCACUGGUGGUGUCAAUAUCAAGUACGUUGCUGUGGGUAAUGAGCCUUUCCUUAAAGCAUACAAUGGUACCUAUCUAAAUAAAACCCUUCCAGCUCUUAAGAACAUACAAACUUCACUCUACAAAGCAGGGCUGGGAUCAAAGAUCAAAGUUACUGUUCCAUUCAAUGCAGACAUUUACUAUUCACCAGACUUAAAUCCACUGCCAUCAGCAGGUGACUUCAGGCCUGAAAUAAGAGACCUCACUAUUGAAAUAAUCCAAUUCCUAUACUCAAACAAUGCAACCUUCACAGUCAAUAUCUACCCUUUCCUUAGUCUUUAUGGCAAUGAUAAUUUCCCAUUUGAUUUUGCAUUUUUUGAUGGAAAGAACAAACCUCUUCAAGACGGCAAAGCAGUUUAUACCAAUGUGUUUGAUGCGAAUCUGGAUACACUUAUGUGGGCUUUAGAUAAAGCAGGAUAUCCAGAUUUGCAUGUUACAGUUGGUGAAGUUGGGUGGCCAACUGAUGGUGAUAAGAAUGCAAAUGCCAAAAAUGCAAAGAGAUUCAACCAGGGUUUUAUUAAACAUGCUCUGAGUGGUAAUGGUACCCCUAAAAGAAAAGGAAUGAUGGACUUCUAUCUAUUCAGUCUCAUUGAUGAGAAUGCUAAAAGUGUUGCUCCUGGAAACUUUGAGAGGCAUUGGGGGAUUUUUGAGUUUGAUGGAAAGCCAAAGUAUGAAUUAGACAUAAGAGGUAAACAUAAGGAAAAUGGUCUUGUACCUGUUGAAGGGAUUAAGUACUUAAAAAAGAGGUGGUGUGUUUUAGAUCCAGAUGCUACUAAUUUGGAUGAUCUUGCUCAUAGUAUUGACUAUGCUUGUACCAAAUCUGAUUGUACAGCUCUUGGUUAUGGUUCUACUUGUAACAAUCUAAGUCUCCAAGGGAAUGCUUCUUAUGCUUUCAAUAUGUAUUAUCAAGUAAAUAACCAGAUGGAUUGGGACUGUGAUUUCUCUGGUUUGGCUAUCAUUACACAUGAGGAUCCUUCUGAAAAAGGAUGUCAAUUCCCUUUGAUGUUUGCUAGCGGUUCUUCUUUUCUAUUGCAUGAAGGGCUCUCAAUGAUCCUGAUUUUUUGCUAUGUUUUGGCUAUAGCUUAACAGAUUUCAGAAACCAGGAAACAGUAAAGUUUCUUGUGACUGAUUCAAUUUUACUGUUAGAUUUUAGAUUUAGGAGGAGGCUAUUAGCAUGUAAGUUUGUUUUCUGUAUUUGGUUAUCGGGAAUCUUGGGACUCCAACUAUGUAGUUUUUCCUGUUGCUUUUUUCUAGUAUGUGACUUUUACCGACAAAAUGCAUUGUUUAUUCUAUCGGCCAAAUAUAUACAAGACAUGACAAACUACCAAUUAUAUGCAGAAUACAAUACAUUUUUGUUCAUAUAAAAUACCUAUCAUUUAAUUUUAGUCUCGAUUUUUUACUAGUGAGUUAAAUCUCCACUUAUUCUAUACAUUAUCAGAAUUGGACAUUAGUCUUGUAAAAAAAAAAAAGGAAUUGGUGAUUGGUCACAAGUGAUUGGCCUACGCUCCUAGACAGGCAAAAAUGUAUGUCAGCCCUUGCCAUGUGAAAUUUAUAAAAUGACAUUAAAAGAAUGCUACGUAAUAAUUUACAGCUUGAUCUUUC